AUGAGCGACCUCAGCAAGAACGAAAUUGAAAGGGCAUCCUUCGCCUUCUCCAUCUACGACUUUGAGGGCAACGGCAAAGUCGAUGCCUUCAACCUUGGUGACAUCUUGAGGGCACUCAACUCCAACCCCACUGUCGCGACCAUUGAAAAGCUCGGAGGCACCAAGAAGAAGGGCGAGAAAAUGCUUUCGCUUGAAGAGUUCCUUCCCAUCUACAGCCAAUGCAAGAAAGACAAAGACCAGGGCUGCUAUGAAGACUUCUUGGAAUGCCUUAAGCUGUACGACAAGAACGAGAACGGUCUUAUGCUUGGCGCUGAGCUCACACACACACUUCUUGCUUUAGGUGAGAAGCUUGAGGACAGUGAAGUAGCGGAAAUCACAAAGGACUGCAUGGACCCUGAAGAUGAUGACGGCAUGAUCCCAUAUGCAUCUUUCCUCAAAAAAGUAGUUGCGGGUUGGCAGGGCCCUCAGCAAGCGGCGGCAGCGCCGGCGGAGGCGGCAGAGGCGCAGGGU